UUCACAACCAUUUAUUAGAUUCCUCUUCUCUCAAUAGCCUCUCCUUCUCUUUUCUAUUGGAUUGUAAUAGACUGAUAGCACAAGGAACCAAACCAAAAAAAAAGAGAAAAGAAAGAAAAACAAAUUAUCUCUUAGAAAACUUCUCUUCUUUUGGUUUGAUUUUUAAUUAUCAGGAAACUGUUUUCUUUGUUUUUUUUUCAGAUUUGAAUUUCCUCAAAGGAAGUUUCUGGGUUUUUUUUUCUUGGCUUCAAUCUCUUCUUGUGCACAAAAAAAAAAAGAAAAACCUUUACUGGAUUUUUUUCAUUUGCUAGAGAGAAGCCUCUUAAUAGUUUAUACCCCUGUUUUUGUAUAUACCAUUUAUAGCUCAAUAUUAAACAAAAUCUGUAAACUUUAAAUUCUCAUUGUUAAGUCUAUAAAAAUUGGAACUUUUCUCUGAAAACAUAUUUCAGAGAAAAGCAAAAACAAAAAACAGAGAGAGAGAAUGGGGAAGCAAGGACCUUGCUAUCACUGUGGAGUUACAAGUUGUUUUAAUAUAUGCUUUUGUUAACAAAGUGUAACAAUCAUUGAAGAGAUACAGCAAAGACUUCCUGGACCUCAAGAACAUUAAUGAUCAUUUGGGAAUCAAAAUAAAUUUUGCUUUUUGUUUAAUGAUCAAGGCACACCUCUGUGGCGAAAUGGGCCACCAGAGAAGCCAGUUUUGUGCAAUGCGUGUGGAUCGCGUUGGAGAACAAAGGGAACACUUGUGAACUACGCUCCACUUCACGCACGUGCUGAUGGUGAAGAGAACCAAGAUCAUCAGAGGUAUCAAAGAAUGAAGAGCAUCUCUUUAAGUAACAAGAACACAGAAACCAAGAUGCUCAAGAGGAAAGCAAUUCAAGAAAGCCUCCCCAAUAAAAGACCGGUCUUAGAAUUCAAUUAUGGUCUGAAAAAGGCCAUGAUAGAGGAGGAUGCUAGUAACAGAUCAAGCUCUGGUUCGGCUAUAUCAAACACCGAGAGUUGUGCACAGUUUAGCAGUGCAGGAGAUGGGAGUGAGUUAAAUGCUUGGGAGACGACUGUUCCUUGCAAGAGGAGGACGUGUGUGGGACGUCCAAAGACAUCAUCUUCUGUUGAGAAGCUCACGAAGGACCUUUUCAAUAUUCUACAAGAGCAGCAGCAAUCGUCAGUUUCAUCAGAGGGAGAAGAUCUUCUUUUUGAGUCAAUGUUCUCUGCUGAGAUUGGACAUGGGAGUGUUCUCAUGAUGGAUCCUCCUCACUCGUUUGCUCGGGAAGAGGAGUCUGAAGCCAGCUCACUCUCAUCCAUCAGUGAUGCAUACUCACAUUCCGUGAAGCGUGCUGAGAUUGGAGCAGUGAGAGGUUCAGAGUUUGUUGGACAAGCAGUAAAGCAAGAGCAGCUCAAGAGGACCAAGUCUCAAACUGGAAGAGUGCAUGUCCUUGGGAGCCAUAGUUCACCACUUUGUACCAUAGACUUGAAGGAUGUUUUCAACUUUGAUGAGUUCACAGAACAAUUCACAGAGGAAGAACAGAAGAAACUAAUGAAACUACUUCCUCAGAUUGACUCUGUUAACCUUCCUGAUAGCCUCAGAAUGAUGUUUGAAAGUGCUCAGUUCAAAGAGAACUUCUCUUUGUUUCAGAAACUUAUUGCAGAUGGUGUCUUUGAGAUGCCUUCUUCCUCUGGGGCAAAACUGGAAGACAUAAGGGCUUUUAAGAAGCUUGCAUUGUCUGAUUUUAACAAAUCUCGUUUGGUGGAAAGCUAUAACCACCUUAAGGAACGUGAAAAGGGGACCGGAGAUUCUGUUACUACAACAACUUCAAGAAGCUCAUUAAACCCAAAUGUACCUAAAACUAUUGUGACCAUUAAGAAACAUUGUGAAAACCAAACUCAAGUCAAGUCAGAGUCGAGAGGGCUUAUGAGGAGUCCCAAAAGUGUGACAAAGAUGAAAGCAAGCGAUGAAAGCAAAGUUCUGACAGAGAACAACGGUUCUUGCUUCAGCCCAAGAAGUUUAGCUUCUGUGUUUGCGCAAGAGAGUGGUGGUACUACAUUGUUCGGCAAUGAGAAUAACUGCAGUUCUGAUCAAGAUCUGCUUCUUAUGGACUUGCCAUCAAAUGGGUCGUUUCCUCAAGCAGAGCUGCUUCACCAACUUUGAGGGGAUAAAGCUUUAAACUCCAUGGUGCUUCUCAGUGGUAAUGGAAGGAUGAGAGACUCUUAAGGCUUUUGAUUGAGAUUGAUAAAAGAGACUCUUAGGCUUUCUGAGAGAAGGACCAAAGUGAAGUUUCUGCUUUAGAAACUGGAAUAUGCAGCAUGAAAAUAACUUAUUUUUAUUCGAGUCUUGGCCUUCUC